AUGGCAACUGCAUUAAUAAGGUAAGAAAAAAGAAUAACCGAAAUUUCACAAACGAUUUUAACUGAUGUUAUAAUACUGACGAAAUAUAACUUUAUUUUUUAAUAGUUUGGUUUUUAACUUAUUUCGCUAGCGUUCCGUUCGACGCUUGUCCGACGCAUUUUAACCAUUUUAACCGAAGGCAAAGUCCUAAAAAAUUAAAGCUAGCGCUGUCCAACUGAUGAAAAAUUAUUAAUCUAUUUCAAUUUGUGUAACAUUUAAUAUACAGUAGUUACCAAGGAUAUGUAUACUAAUAUACUUUUAAUGGAACGUUUGUGAUAAUCUAUAAACUGGUAGUCUUAUAAUUCUGCGAAUUCUGAUAAAAAAUUGUUUCAAUUUGGAAUUGUUGAAUUGUGUUACAUUUCCUUCCUUUCCCUAUGGCGGGCUCAAGCUAUGGAUGACCAUGCAUGGAUGUAUAGAUUGAUCUCAGUCUUUAUAUCAUGACAAUGCGCCGAAAAUGUUAGUAAAAUUAUGGACUCAAUUUUUCAGUAAAGUUAUAGUCAACAAAAUUAAAUGAAAUUUAGUGACGGUUAGUUCGUGUACCACAGCAAACAUUUUGGGAACGUUUGGGGAGAACAUCUCAGAACAAUUUCUUGUCAUGAGAAUAUUAGUCGAUUUGUUUUUUGAGAAUUGUAAAUUCUUUCAUAUCUUUACAGAAUGCCGUGGUUGUUCCUUCUUGUUUUUGUAAAAAUGACGCAAGUUAAUUCCCAACAAGGAUUUACUUUGGUGAAAUACGCCAACGUGAUGCAGUCAUUGGGCAAAAUUAAAGAAGUAACUGUGAGAUCAAUCUCAGAGUGUCUUCAACAUUGCGUCAGCGACUGCCAAUGCUCACGGUUUGAUAUUCGUGAAGCCGACAUGAACUGUUAUCUCCGACGUCACCGAAAUGAAACAUUAAAACCACAAAAUGGGUACAGCCAUUUUGACAUCAAACAGGUAACAUUAUCUUGUUAAUAAGUAUUGAGGUAUAGUCGUUUCAUUAGGUCGUCAGAAGCUGGGGGGGGGGGGGGGGGGGCUGGGGAAGGGGUUUGAGCCUCCCCAAUAAUUUCCAUUUGUAUAAGCGAAACACACAAAAGACUAGAAAAGUGCGAAUUAAGCAAUUCAGAUUUAUUUUCAAGGCCCAAUUUCAAUGCAAAAAUGAAUUUUUCGUUUUUUUUGGGACAGAAGCCAUUGCCGAGUUUCUUACAUUUACAACAAUGAAACCAAUUAAAAUUUUCUGAAGAACAAUUCACAAAUACCGAUUAAGGCGAAGUAAGUAACCAGUUUUAUUCAUCUUUUUUCAAACAGAAGCCGCAAGAACAUUGUGAUGCCAUGGGGCAAUGCAGAUCAUCAAUAAAUUGCUGUCUAACAUCAAACCCAUGUUAUAAUAAUGCCACGUGUGCGCCAACGGAAGAUAUCCGAGCUCGUUUCAAGUGCAAAUGCCCGGAGCGGUUCACAGGGAAACAGUGUGACAAAUGUGCGUCAGGCUACACCGGGGAACAUUGCCAGACCAGGAUAACCUCGUGCCGAGGCUACGCCAACGGAUCCCGCAUCCCGGGGAUCUACGAUAUACGCCCGAGUCAUGAUGACAAAAAUAAAACGCUCAAAGUUUUUUGUGAUUUUGAAAAAGAUUCGAACAUUUCGUGGACUUUAAUGCAAUCAUACAGCUUAGAACAUAAUAAAAUGUACCAAAAACCAUUUUACACAGAUUUUCCCCAAAAUGUUGGCAAACUUCGGAACAAUUUCGUAAAAAACUCCUGGUUUUCAUAUCGUCUCGGUAAGGCUGUCAUGGAAUCGAUACAAAGCGAUUCAAUUAAAUGGCGCGUCACUUGUGAUUUUGAUAAGAAUUUGACAGCGAUAAAGACAGAUUUUAUGCAAGGUUCGAAAGCGGAUGUUGAUAUCAUGAAGUUCAAUGGGUUUGGAAUAUGCAAGAAGGUAGAUUAUGUUAACAUUCGAGGGUACCAUUGUUCGAAUUGCACGGCAGUGUUGUAUCAAUCGUCAGUUUAUCCAUUUUAUAUCGAUGCAAGAAUGUCUGCGACAAAAUGUGAGUUUACAGUGGAAAAUCCGAAAUGGUGCUUACUUGGUGGUGAAGAUAGCUUUGGUUUAUAUAACUGUGUUCAUCCAGAGCAUUCGAUGCAGUGCAACACAGAAGUCCACCACUAA